UUCUUCUUCUUUCUGCUGAUCAUAUUUGCUGUCGAGGUAGCAGCUGGAAUCUGGGGGUUUUCAAACCAAACGAAGGUGGUGGAUGACAUCAACAGUUUCUACCUCCAGACGUACAACAGAUAUAAGUCAGGAGAAGAGCGUCUUAAAGAGACCCUGCGUUUGAUUCAGACACAGUUGAACUGCUGUGGUCAACAUGGUAUGGUGGUAGAAACGGACAAAGACACUUGUCCUCAAGUAGAUCCUCCGGAGCAGAUACAUAUUAAGAGCUGUCCCGCGGCCAUUGACGAGAUGUUUGACUCCAAGUUACACAUUAUCGGAGGAGUGGGCAUCACCAUCGGAGUUGUUAUGGUAUUCGGGAUGAUCUUUAGCAUGCUUCUGUGCUGUGCCAUAAGGAAGUCCCGGGAGGUGGUGUGAUAUCCAUCUUAAGAUCUUGUAAAUUUGCAUGAUGUCAUUCCCAGAGUCACACGACUCUCCACUGCCAACAGAAACUGGUUUCAGGGGGUUAACCUAUGCUUGACUGGGUGCAGACAUUUCUGACUACGGAGGAUGUGAAGGUGACGUCAUGCUGCAUCUGUUGUGUUUAAAUGCUUUAUUGUACAGAUUUAGCUUGUACUACGGAGGGCUUUCGUUAUGCAAGAACCCUGGAGACUUUCAAGAUUAUAGUUUAAUGUACAAACUGUAGGACUUAAUGCAAAAAUCUGGUCUCUGUGUAGUUCUUCAUCAAAACAAUAAACUUAUUUGGCCACUGAAAAAUACUUUAUAUUAAUUUCCAGGAUCCUCGAUAAUGAGGUAGAGAUUUAUUACACCUAUUGAUCGUUCUCUAAUAUGAAGCUUUUGCUUCGUGGUUAGAUUUCAGAACACCAAUUUGUUUGUCGGCUUCUUUAGAUCCAAAACUUUUAAACUCACACAACAAGUGUGAACCCAAGCCCCAAAACGCAACCUGCAACGUACGGAAAUUUAAACAAAAGGCAUAUUUUAGUUAAGGAUUUAUUUUAUCUCAAUCGAUUCAUGUGCAAAAAAGUAAUUCUUAAUGAGUUUUUUUUAAGUUUAUUACCAUCUCCAUAUUGCACCUACCAAGGCUGACCUACUUUAAAACGAAGCCAAAGACAACCACAGAAAGUUGCGUGCAGCUUGGCAUCAUGUCCCUUCACGUUCUCUGUUCACCAUUAUGGCGCGUUGGUUUAGAUUGUGCUCACGUAGAUGUGAUGUGGUUACCGAGCCCAACUGUAAACCGGGUGUCAUCUGCUUCAGAGGCCAUGUUGACAAGAAGCGUGUUAUUUUGUGGUUAUUUGACUGAAAUUGGUAUUUGUGAGCUUCUGACUGUCUCUGUAAGAGCCCAUCAUUGUGUGUUGAUCACAUUUCAAUAAUAACCACUUUGGGUCUUGGUCUAUAUUUAUGGUUGACAGCCAAAAUAAAGACCUAAACCACCACUAUCACCAGUAUCAUGGUGGCGAGCAGCCAAAUAAACGCCAAGCUACAAACUACAAGGCGACUGUAGUUUACUCUGUGUUAGAGUAGCAUCUUGGUUCCCAGUUUCCUUCCCUUCUUCCCCAACUCUCUGUUUGCCCACGUUUGAAACGCCUUUCAUUUUAUUGUUCCACAUUUUGUACGUGUAUAUUAUUUUUUGUAAGUUUUCUAAUGUUUGGUGUUUAUAUGGAAUCUGCAGUUUAUGUAUUUUGUAAUGUACUAUUGGUCUGACAGAGUGGGUUGAUGUAUGCCCUAUGUGCAUAACGUUUCACACAUCCAGUUAAUGCGAGCCAAAUA